AUGUUUUCCCUUCCCUUGGCCUGUCUGGCAUUCGUUGUCUUCGCUUCUAGGAUUCUAGCUCAGUCAGUAUUCGCUCAUGUGAUAGUCGGAAACACAUAUAGUUACACCCAAGCAAACUGGGCAAGUGACAUUGCAGCUGCAGCCGUUGCUGGUAUCGACGGAUUCGCGCUCAAUAUCGGCUAUGUCGAUACUAUCAAUCCAAGUGGGGUUGUCCAGGCUCAACUUGACAAUGCAUAUCAGGCUGCCGACGCGGCUGGCUUUCAGAUGUUCUUGUCAUUUGACUACCUAGCCCAAGGAGCCUGGGCUCAAAAUGCGGUGAUCACGACCAUCAAUGGCUACAGCUCGCAUCCGAGCCAGUUCAGAUGGCAGGGCAAGCCUCUGGUCUCAACUUUUGAGGGUGCGGACAAUGCAGGCGAUUGGGCCUAUAUCAAAUCCCAGACGAACUGUUUCUUCGUCCCCGACUUUUCAAGCCAAGGCGCCGACGGGGCCGCUGGCAAACCCAAUGUUGACGGUCUUCUUUCGUGGGACGCAUGGCCAAACGGUGCCAACGACAUGACAGACAAUGAUGACCAGGCGUACGUUACAGCCCUGAAUGGUCGGCCCUACAUGAUGCCAGUCUCUCCCUGGUUCUACACAAAUCUGCCGUUGUGGUCAAAGAAUUGGCUUUGGCGGGGCGAUGAUCUAUGGCACGAUCGCUGGGAUCAAGUUCUCGACAUUCAGCCAGCCCUCGUCGAGAUCCUGACAUGGAACGAUUGGGGAGAAUCCCACUAUAUCGGACCAUUGCCGCCCACUGAUUCCGCCAUACCAACCGGGGCGGGCCCGUACGUCGAGAACAACCCGCACGACGCCUGGCUGAAAGAUCUGCCUCACUAUAUCGCAGCGUACAAGAACACGAGUCGGCCGGAUGAGAGCCAUGUCACCUUCUGGUACCGCCUCAAUCCCGGGUCGGGGACAGUGUGCAGCGCGGCCGGAACGACAUGCAACACUCCCACACAAGGGCAGGUUGCUCUAAAUCCGCAGGAAUGCGAUGUCGAUUCGGUCUUCUUCACGGCGUUUGUGCCGGACAGCGCCACAGCAACAGUCAAUGUGACAAUUGGCGGUUUGACGCAGACAGUCUCUGCGACCACCCCCGGUAUCUUCCACUCCAAUGUGCCAUUUAACGGGAUGACUGGAGAUGUCAUAGUGGCAUUUACCGCUAGCGAUGGCACCGAGGUUGGCCACGUCAACGGUGCACCCAUCACCACAGACUGCGUGGGCGGCAAUAUCAACUGGAACGCAUGGGUUGGAGGCUCCUAG